UGUUUUUCGUUGAUUGGCAGCGCUGCGAGGAUAACCUAAAAUAAUUUGCAAACAACCAAAGUUACGUAAACAUUGGGGGUUUUGUUGCUGCGAAGAUGUCGAAGGUAUCGAAAUUGACGACCGGAAUAACGGGGUUGGUCGUCAACCAGCAUCCGCAUCAUACGCUCGGCGUCCUCUACGGAAAGAUCCUGCGGACGCUGCAGAAGAUGCCAGAGUCGGCGGCCUACAGGAAGUACACCGAACAGGUGAUAAACGAGAGGGCUUCCGUGCUGAAGGGCACGGCUUGCGUGGAAACGGUGGAGAAGAGCAUCGGAUGCGGACAGAUCGAGGAGGUGAUCGUGCAGGCGGAGAACGAGCUGAUCCUCGCCCGAAAGAUGCUCACCUGGAAACCAUGGGAACCGCUGACGAAGGAGGCCCCGGCCACCCAAUGGAUCUGGCCCCCGGCGAAGCAUUGAAAUAAUAUUACCGAUCAUCGUAGAUUACAAUUAAUAA